AUGGCGCACGACACUCCCCCAGUUUACGUGUCCAAUACUCGACAAUUGCAAGGUUUUCUAAGCCUGAAGAAAAUCGAACAACUACAUCUCUGUGUGGAGAUUACGGAGAACAGAGCAAGCGAGAAGAGUAAAACAUUUUUGAGCUUUAGCUCAGAAGCAGAAGCAGAAGCUUCAGUAGUUGAGUCCAGAGACGAAAAUUACAGUGGGAGUUACGAUAGUUACAGUUUAGAGAACCGAUUUGAUAUAUUCGACGAUUCAGACGAUGCGUCAUCUGAAGAUGAUAACUUCAGCUCAUAUGGUGAGUCCCCUACAGAUGACAAAGAUUCACCAACUCUACCUCCCAAGAAGAGAGAUCAGAACUUCUCGAUGAGGGGAUCUAAAGGGAAUUUGGAGGUUCUAAGUUUGGAGAUGUCGUCGAUAGACAUUGCGGUAGGUCAACGAUACGAUAGUAAAGACGAUUUGGAGAGACGACUGAAACUUCUUACAGUGAGGUAUAAAUUUGAUUUUGAUGUAGAAACAUCAACCCCGACAUCAUACGUUGUUAAAUGUUGGGUUGAUGGAUGUCUCUGGAGAGUUUGUGCUUCUACCUUAGGAGAAUCCAAGGCGUUUUUUGUUCGUAUUUACGGUUCGAAGCAUACAUGUUCCUGCACAGAGCGUUCUAAUCGACCUCGAAAAGCAACACCAGAUAUUUUAGGUAUGUUGUACAAGAACUUUCUCGGCGACGUUGGUCCGGCCGUUCGCCCUAUGAGCGUCGGAAUAGCUAGCACUAAGCAGUUUGGUAUAAAGAAAUCACACCGGACGCUGAAAUUUGCAAGGGAAAUCGAUGAGGUAACACCUGAGUGUGGGUUUGAAAGCUUGCGCUCUUACUUAUACAUGAUAAGAAGGGCAAAUCCGAGUACAGUUACGCGUCUUCAAAUCGAUGAGCUUGGAAGAUUCAUGUAUGUGUUUCUUGCCUUUGGUGCGAGCGUUAAUGGGUUUCCUUUCAUGCACAAAGGUGUUGUAGUCGACGGUACGUUUCUCAAUGGUAAAUACAAAGGGACGCUACUCACAGCACUAGCUCAGGACGGUAACUUCCAGAUUUUUCCAAUAGCCUUCACAGUGGUUGACACAGAAAAUGAUGAUUUGUGGCAUUGGUUUUUUACGCAACUAAAACUUCUGAUUCCUGACGACGAGGGUCUUGCGAUAAUCUCGGACAUGUAUCGCUCGAUAGGGAAAGCAAUUAGAAAUGUGUAUCCGUUGGCUGCUCGGGGAAUAUGCACCUACCAUUUAUAUAAGAACAUAUUGGGACAGUACAAAGGAAAAGAAGCAUUCCGUUUGGUGAAGAAAGCGGCAAGAUGUUUUAGGAAGUCUGACUUUACUGCGAUUUUCGAGGAGAUUGAAGCGAUUCAUCCUGCACUCCACGGCUACCUCCAAAGAGCUGAUGUCCGCCUGUGGACGCGUGUUCAUUUCCCGGGCGAGAGGUACAAUUCGAUGACUACAAACAUAGUGAAAUCAAUGAACAGAGCAUUGUCGCAUGCUAGAGGUCUAAACAUUGGUCGUGUAACUGCCGCCAGAGAAUUGACGGUCCAAAGGAUUGAUGAUCAUCACACUGAAGUUAAAUAUGGAUCUUCUAGCGAGUCUUUGAAUGUUGUUAAUUUGGUAGAGCGAAAGUGCACAUGUCAGCGUUUCGAACACGAGAAAUUACCAUGUGUACACGCAAUCGCAGCUGCGGAGUACAACACUGUUUGUCGUAUAUUCCUGUGCAGUCCGUACUAUAACAGUGAAUAUUUGGUGAGCGCAUACGCCGAAUCUAUCAUGCCGGCUGACGAAGCGCAACCUGUUCCAGAAAUCGUGGCAAACCAACCGUGCUUGCCCCCGUAUAUUCGUCAACAACCAGGAAGACCUAAUAAAAAUAGGAUGAAAUCUGCUUUAGAAGUUGCACUGUAA